AUGAACAACGGAGCCCCCCUUCCAGCAGUUGUAUACGUCGGUACCAACGGUGAGUGUGCUACUUGCCCUAACUGCAAAACUAAUGCCAUGAUUAAACAAAGAAAGUGCAGCAAAUGGACAUAUCUCGCUGCAUGCUGCACAGGCUGCGUUGGUCUUAACAGUGAUUAUGCUUGGUAGAAGGAGAUGAAAUGCCUUGGAUGCUCAUAGGUUGUAAUAGUUUGA